CAGAGACACCACAAACAUUCAGAAAAAAAUACUACUCACUGGUGGAGUACUACGCACACCCACUCUCCGGGGGAUGCUCAGUAAUGUGCAAGAACAACUUCAUCUUUGAUUGGUAGCAACAGGUAUGUAGAAUCUGAAAGCUUGAGUACCGGUUCUCCAUUUUCUCAAGCAAUUUUCCUAUGCUGUUUUAGUGAUUUGCUUGGCUGUUCAAUGAUUCUCUUUUCUUCCGACAAAAGAACAUGCAAGAACAUAUCCCCCCCCUUGUUCUUUGACAAAAGAACAUGCUGCUUAAGCAUAUAUUUUUUCCCCUUCUCUCAUCCCAGAUUUGUCUCUGAACAGAUUCCAGACCCGUGUUUCUUCUAUUUUUGCUUAAUGGUGCAUCUUGCAUUUUUUUUCUCUCUCUUGGCGGAUAUUAUCUUGCAUGUUGACAUGGGUUUGUUUAUACUCCCUCCGUUCGGAAUUACUUGUCUCGGAAAUGGAUGUAUCUAGAACUAAAAUACAUCUAGAUACAUCCACUUCUGCGACAACUAAUUCCGAACGGAGGGAAUACAUGAUAAUUGUGGUUUGCCGUGCACAGACAGACAUAUGAACCUUCUUGCGUGCUGACUUGUUGAACUGUUCCAUCCAAAGCUCUUCUCCAGUUUUUGCAUAAUUUCCUGAAUCAGAGGUAGCUCCGGCGGCGGUGAAGAUCAGAUGUAUCUGGUGAAGGACAUCGGCGGCGCCAUCGGCCUGAUGGCGGCGGCCUUGGUGCUCCUGGGCACCUGGCCGGUCGUCCUCGCCGUGCUGGAGCGCCGGGGUCGGCUGCCGCAGCACACGUACCUGGACUACUCCAUAACCAACUUCCUGGCCGCCGUGCUGAUCGCUCUCACAUUCGGCCAGAUCGGUGGCGACACGCCGGAGACGCCCAAUUUCCUCACUCAGCUCACCCGGCCCCAGGACUACUGGCCGUCGAUCAUGUUUGCGCUGGCGGGCGGCGUGGUGAUCACCCUCGGAACCGUGGCUACACAGUACGGCUGGGCAUACGUCGGGCUUUCAGUCACCGAGGUCAUGGCCUCAAGUCUCAAGGUUGUCAUAGGGACAACACUGAACUAUUUUCUGGACGGCCGGAUCAACAGGGCAGAGGUUCUCUUCCCCGGCGUCGGAUGCUUUCUGAUUGCAGCCUGCCUGGGCUCACUUGUUCACUCCUCCAAUGCUGCUGACAACCAGGAGAAGCUAUCAAACUCCAGAAACUACUCUGCUGGGAACACUGCAAAGGAAGAUCUCACCCAACACCUUGUUCAAGAAGAAGAGGAACCAAAGGAUUGUGAAGAAGCACUACCAAAUAAUAAGGCUGUGGAGAAAGCCGAGGCAGGAACAGCAGAUUUCCUCAUCGAUCUGGAGGACAAGAGAUCAAUCAAGGUUCUUGGAUCCAACACGCUGGUGGGGCUGGCGAUCGUGACGUUCGCGGGGGUGUGCUACUCGCUGUUCGCGCCGGCGUUCAACCUGGCGACCAACGACCAGUGGCACACGCUGCGCGACGGCCUGCCGCACCUCGUGGUCUACACCGCCUACUUCUACUUCUGCCUCUCCUCCCUCGUCGUCGGCGUGGCGCUCAACGUCUGGUGCCUCUACCGCCCCAUGGCCGGCGUGCCGCGGUCGACGCUGCGGGCGUACGCCGGCGACCGGGAGGGGAGGGGGCUGGCGCUGCUGGCGGGGCUGGUGUCCGGGCUGGGCAACGCGUUCACGUUCAUGGCCGGGCAGGCGGCCGGGUACGCGGCGGCGGACUCCGUGCAGGCGCUGCCGCUGGUGAGCACCUUCUGGGGCGUGGUGCUGUUCGGGGAGUACCGGAGGUCGUCGCGGAGGACCUACACGCUGCUGGGGAGCAUGCUCUUCAUGUUCGUCGUCGCCAUGGCCGUGCUCAUGGCCUCCUCCGCGCACAGGAAGCCGCUCUGACGCAACCACUGCUGCUCAUGCAUCAUCAAUGCAUGGCAACCGGGACCUUGUGUAGCAAAGACAGAGAGGCUACAAUAGUAAGCUCUUCAACGAGGAUGGAUGUUGUGUAAUUUGGACAAGUGCGACGUAUGUCACAUCUUUUUUUUAAUGAUCCUAAUCUAUGAUCGAAGUUCGUCGGAAGUAAAAAGUACCUCAAACAUAAUAAAAAUUACAUCGAUAUUUUGAGAU